AUGGGCCUGCAAGACAAUGAAGCCGAACGCAAGGAACGACUGCCUCACCUGCUGGAAGCCUCUCUCGGCUGCGCCCAUGUGCUGCAGCGGGCUCACCCAACGAUAGCGCACGGCCGCGGUGACGUAAACUCCACGCUGCAGUUACUUUCGUCCGCGGCGACCGUGCUCGUGCUGGCUGAGCUGGAAGCACCCGGCAACAUCGGAAAAGUCCUUGGGCAGAUGCCAAAGGAAGCAGCGUCCGUUCAACUGGACAUCUUCGCGCAUCUGCUGUACUCGAGUCUCAGUCUCAACUUGGGCAGGGAUCGAUCCAACAUUGCAGCGCUGUUCCCCAUCGCUGCCCGAGCCACUGCCUUGUCCCUCUUUGGUGCCGGUGAUCUCCUCACCGUUCACGAUCCGAACGGCGACGGCGCGCAUCUCGCUUCCAUCGUCUUCAUCGUAGCACGUCUUGUGCUCCUCAGCGGCAUCCCUCAGGCUGAAGAAGAGAUUGCGUCGUUCGAGACACUGGAGCUGUUCUGGCGACGAGUGUGGCCUGAAUGGGAGCGCGUUCUGGCCCUCUCCUUGCGUGAGACUUGUAUUAACUCUCCACUUCGCGCCGUUCUUCACUCUGUAUUGCUCGACAUGGUGAUAUUUGUCGGCUCUAUGCGCCCCACCUUGCUUAUCGAGCCGGCGGGAGCGAUCGUUCGAGGAUUGCGAAGUUUGGAAGAGUGGCAGUCAAGCACCGGAAUCAACAAUUCGAGCAGCAAGCUGCCAAAGGCGAUCAAGGCGAUUGAGACAGCUCAGCUCAGCUACGGUGCUGAUACGGAUCGACCGAAACGCGCCACGACCAUCAAGCAGGUUUGGAACGACAUGCUGGCGACGGAGAAGAUCGUUAGUCUUCGAGCGGAGGCUGAACGAGAACGAGAGAAACAGAAACAUGCGUACAAAACCCUAGCUAGAGGUGUAUAG